CCACAUCCUGUCUGCCCGCCAAGCACCUCAACCAGUGGCUGCUUGUUGUCUCUUGUGCCUUGCAGCCAAACCGCAGCUCCCCAGACAGCCGAAAUAUCCUGCGCCGCAUCGCGCCAUCGUCCUGCAGCGUCUGCGAUACGAGCGCGCAUGGCGUUCGCCCCUGAGCCGUCACGAUGCCUGAAAUUGCGAGUGCCCCGACGCCAGUUGGCUCUACCAUCUUCUCCGUCAUCGCCCUCCUCCUAGUGUCGCUCGGAGUGCUUCUCAUAUUGCGCUACUACCUCCCGCUUCGAACCACGCCGGCCUUCUACCUCGUCCCCAUAUUCUUCGCCUUGUGGCUUCCGUCGGUGCUCGUCUUGCUGGUUCCAAUAGACCUUGCUUCGAGCGCCAUAACCGACGAUGUAGCUUCGAGGGGCAUCUGGCUGCCCCAGCGGGUGGUCUUGGUACUAUGGCGAAUCACAUAUUGGUUGACGUUUUGCUUGACAUGGUUCAUCCUCCCCAUUCUUGCCGAGUACUCCGACACUGGAUAUCGCGAGCCCUGGGACAGGUUCAUGUACUCCCUCCGUGCCAACGCUCAAUUCUACGCCAUGGUCUUGGGAGCUAGCUUUGUCGGACUGAUCUACAUAUUCGUCUCCUACGAGUUCUCCUUCACGGCCCUCAAGGCCCUCAUAAUGGCUCUAGCCUACUGCUGGGGUUUGGUGCUUGCCAUUUACCUGAUGGGUCACGGGCUGGUUUCCAUACCAAGGCAGCUACUUCGAAGCGGAAGUAUCAGUGGCAAACUACGGAGUUUGCAGAUCAAGGCGCCCAGAGUAUAUGAGAAGAUGGAAGACUCCUUAACGGGUGUCGAGGAGAUUGAACAGCAGAUUGCGGAGCUCAGUCGACGAAAAACGGGAAGCGCCGCGGCCUUCCAGGAUUGGAUCGAGGAGCUUCAGGAGAUGGCCAGCAUCCCUGAAUCGCAACCCCGGCCGACGCUUCUGGAUCCAGCAGUAAAUACCCAAGCUGUUCCACAUGUCAUAACAGAAAAAUAUCUAGCCGACUUGACCCGAAAGUAUGUGCGAGCACGCCACUCUCGAUCUCGAUACGUUGGAGAGUGGAGUCGACUGGUGCAGUCAGCGGCCAAGCUUCAGAUGAUUUUGGACUCGGUGGCCUCUAAGAAACUAGACUUUGGCAGCGCCUCUCCCCAUGCCGGAUUUUGGGACAAGGUGAAGAUAUUAACACCUUACUCUCGAUACGUUUGCUACUUCUACGUCUUUCCAUACAUGCGGAUGGCCUGUGGUGCCGUUUUGGCUUUCGCAUCAUCCUGCAUUAUUUGGUCGGAAAUUGUCAAAUUUCCUUUCCCUAAGCUGUCCAUUAUCCGUGUCAGCGUUGUCCACCACUGGGUUGGCGACAAGGCCCAGGUCGGAUUUGCAGGGCAGGCCAUCUCAGCAUUCUGGAUUUGCUACAUGUGCAUUGCCGCUCUUUCAUCCAUGACCGAAGUCAGGGUAUGGCGCGGACGAGCCCUCGUGAGAAGAAAUACCGGCCACGAGGCGGCAUUCUGGUACGCAAUGCAAGUGGCAAAGCUCAGUGUCCCGCUUUCAUACAAUUUCCUUACCUUCUUGUCGAGCGAGGUCUACGAAAAGACCAUCUUCUACAACUUCCUUGGAAAAUAUGUUGACGUCACCCCCUUGGGUAAAUGGUUUGACAACUUUUUCCCCAUCGCCCUCGUCAUUCCCGUCUUGGCUGCUCUUUUUGGAGUGUACGGAAAGGUCAAGCGCAUAUUUACCGGAGUAGACAUUAUCGACGAGGAAGAUGACAACCCAUCGGGCUAUGGCACUGGUUCUUGGCGUGAAGGACGUGAUCUCAUCGCCAGAGAGCUAGGAGGGAACUCGACGCCGCGACGCAGCGGCACUGCAGCCAACGGGGCCUCGGGUCGAGCAGCCCCGAUUCUGUCCGUUCCCGCCAUCCAAGAUUCGGUCGCUAGCCCGUCAAGGUCGCCGGCCCGCUCUCCAGUCGGGAACAAUCGUCGAGCUGGCCAAUCAACACACCCUCGCUUCACGGAUGAACCGCCCGAAGAUGACAAUAUCUUUACGAUUCUCGGGCACCGUAUGAAGAAUACAGUUGAUGCGUUUGAGACGCCACAGUGGUUCCAAGAUAUCGGACAGGGCAUUAAGAAACCAAAGUGGAUGGGAGGAGAUGAUGCCCAGCCUGCCGCCAGUGGGAGCAACAACAGCAACAACAACGAUAAUGGAAGCAACAUUCGAAACUGGUUUGGAGGCGGGGAUAGCCAUAUCCGCCUCUAGAACAGCCUCGUCAUGAAUUUUUUUUAUUCCCCUCCUUUUGGCUACUCUUUAUUUUAUUCUAACGGUCUAUCUUGGAUACCAGUUGAAAUACCGCAUUAUGAUGGAGUUAUGGAGCUUUAAUAUUUCUCUAGGUCUUGGCGAAAAACUUUCUUAUCUUUCCUAGAGCCAUAGAUUUUAUGUCCUGUCGAUUUUUUUGGGGACUUUAUUCUACUUUUAUUAUUCGCCCAGAAUCCUGCCAGUCGGCUCCAAAAUAUUAAUUAUUUACACUUCUUCUUCUUCUUUUUCUAAUUUUCCAGUAGA